GGAGGCCCCUGGCCAGGGCCUGAGGUGGGCUUUGAACCCACCGUACAAAUCCAGGGCUCUAUGCACGAGCCACCGGGCUAGUUAGUUUGAUUCUUCCCUACUUAUUCCUCUGAAGAGGAAGGGGAGUGACGUGGUGAGAACUCUGCGAGGGGAAGAUGGCCCUGCCGUACAGGGAGGGGGAUGCCAGCCAUGCUGGUAGGACCUUGGGCAUUUGGGGGAACCCCAGGGACGCCCCAUUCUUUGGGGAUGCACUGUGGGAAUGUUCCCCUGCCUCGGGAGGAGCAGCUUCCAUUAAAGCCUCUAUGGACAGUCCACGGUGCUGCUUGUGGGCAGAGGGAGGGGACGGACUCCCCCAGCUCCAUCAUUCCUGUGUCAUCCCCACAUCCUGGGCCUCCAUCUUCUGGGGUGCAUCAGGACCUUUCUCAUUUGCUUCCUUCUCUGAGCUGAGUUUUCACUUACUGAGCGCGCCCUGUCUUGGGGACCCCAGGUUCCUCCGGAGCCGAGCCCCUAUUCCCCUUUUCUUUGGUCCAGGGCAUUGCACACAGUAGGUCUGAUGGCUCCCGCCCUCUCCAUCCUUGCAGCUGCAGGAGCCAGGGCUUGGGGCCGGGCCAGGGACGUAGGGAGGGGCUCUUAAUGCAAACAAGCCUGCAGGCUCUCACCUUCUCCCGGGAUGCAGGCAGGAAGGAGGAGGAGGGGAGAUCCAGUUUUGGGGGGCCCCUCCCUCGCAGAGACAAACACACACCACAUACAGGGCUGCCCACAAGCCCCUCCCCAGGGCAGCUCUCCGGUGGUAAGGGGGGACCCCGAAGGGGGAAGGAGGCAGCCCCUCCCCGGCCCCGCCCCCUCAAGUUAGAAAGUCAGAGCGCGAGAGGAGGCAGCGUCUCCGGAGCGGAGGAGGACAGGCCAGCAGGACCCGGCGCCCGGACCCGGCGUGGCUGGCCCCAGGCAGGACUGGCUCACUACCGCUUUCGCCCACCCCCAGGACUUGCCGAACCUCAUCCACAAUGAUGUUUGGGCUGCUGUUUCUCAUAAUCCUGAGCCUUCUGCAGGUCCCUCUCAGUGAUGGGCAGGGCUGCCUGAGCAAGCGGUCAGUGCUCACCACCAUCCGCCAGAUGCAGAAACUGCUGUCCAGCCAGGAAGCCGCCCAGCUGCAGGGCCUGCGCAGCCUCAGGAAGCAGCUCACCCUGCUGCAGGGGAACGUCCACAAGCAGGCCACGCGGAGGAACGAGACGUGCCCCCCUCUGGCCGUGCCCAGCCACGGCAGGAAGCUAGGGAAGAAAGCGGGCAUCGGGCACGAGGCGCAUUUCUUGUGCGACGCCGGCUUCCAGCUGGUGGGCUCCGAGACUCGGCUCUGCCAGGAGAACCGGACGUGGAGCGGGCAGCAGCCCUUUUGCAAGAGUAUCGAUGACUGCGCCGGGCAGCCCUGCACCAACGGGGGCACGUGUGUGGAUGAGGUGCAGCGCUACGUCUGCCUCUGUCCCAGCGGCUGGACCGGAAGCAACUGCCAGACCCCGGCCGCCUCCUACUGGGUGUCCCUGAGCAACUCCUCCUUCAGCCGCCAGCCCCGCUGUGCCGAGAACGGGCAGGGCGCCCGUCAGUGCAGCUGCGACGCGGGCUUCCAGAUGCGCGCCGGCGGCUUGUGUCAAGAUGUUGAUGAGUGCCAGCUCUUCCAGCUGAACCACCAGAACAGAAUCUGUGUCCACAGCUGCAUCAACCUGCCUGGGUCCUACCGUUGUAUCUGCCCCCCAGGCUACCUGCUCAACCCCGACCAAAACACGUGUGAAGAUGUGGACGAGUGUGCAGACCAGCAGCACAACUGCAGCCGGGGCGAGCUCUGCAUCAACACCUUCGGGGGCUUCCAGUGCGUGCGGCCCGAGUGUCCCCGGCCCCGGCACAACACCAGCUACGUGAAGACCUCGGCCUUCCAGUGCGAGCGGAACCCGUGCCCGGUGGAGAGCCAGGCCUGCCGCCAGGCGGCCAACUCCAUCUCCUUCCACUACCUGCCGCUGCCCUCCAACCGCACGGUGCCCCGGGUGCUCUUCAGGAUGUCCACCACCCGCUUCCUGGGGGACAGCCUGCGCUUCGCCAUCACGGGGGGCCGGGGCCUCGGGGCCUUCGCCGUGCAGCGCUCGGACCGGCACACGGGCGAGCUGGUGCUGACCAGCCCCGUGCCGGGCCCCGCCACCCUGGAGGUGCAGCUGGAGAUGAGCGAGCUCUCCAAGAAGGCGCUGCUGGGCAAGCACGUCUUCAGGAUCACCGCCUUCAUCUCCCCCUAUGAGUUCUAGCUCGCUGCGGGGCUCCCAGGGCCGCAGCUGCCGCCCCUGCUUCCUUCCUCUCUGCCAUAACCGGGGCGGGGAUGUGGGGAAGGGCGACCUGGGAUCAGGGCCCCGAGCUGUGGCCCUGACUCUUCCCCCUGAGGGAGCCCGGGCAAGUCCCUUCCCCCACCCUGCGCCUCCCCAUCUCUAGGGUUAGAUUUCUAACUUCUGCUUCUAAGGAAAUAAAAAUCUAAAAUAAUUCACUCUCA